AUGUACAACAACUUACAUGGUGAGAUCCCUACUUCCAUUUUCAAUCUCUCCACCCUUUUAUCUCUAUCCUUUGGAUUCAACAAGCUCCACGGCAAUCUUCCUAGAAACUUGGGAAUAUCACUUCCAAAUCUUCAAUGGUUAGAUGUGGUUGACAACCAAUUUAGUGGCAGUGUUCCAGCUUCCUUAUCCAAUGCCUCCAAUUUGGUUCUACUUCAACUGGACACCAAUAAUUUUACCGGUAGCAUGCCUAAUAUGGGAAGCUCUCACAAACUUGAGUACUUUCGCAUCUACAAAAACUCUCUUGGAAGUGGAAAAGCUAACGAUUUGAGUUUCCUCUCCUCUUUGACUAAUGCUAGUAGCUUGAAAAGCUUGAUCAUCCAUACGAAUCACUUCGGAGGCAAUUUACCGGAACAAAUUGGCAACUUGUCAAAAAGUUUGGAGAUCUUGAGCGCUGGUGAUAAUGCAUUGGAAGGAAGCAUUCCAAGUGGGAUACAAAAUCUCGUAAACCUGCAAUGGUUGGAAGUAGCAGACAACAAUCUCACAGGUACCAUCCCAUCCGUCAUCGGGAACAUGCAAGCUCUGCGACAGUUGGAUGUGAGUGGAAAUAGAAUUUCAGGAUGUAUUCCACCAACGUUUGGUAACCUGACCGAGUUGAUUUACUUGUUAUUAUCUGAUAACAGUCUAUGGGGAGAAAUUCCUCUUGUUUUGGAGAAUUGCCAGAAUUUGCUAUAUGUGGAGCUCGCAUACAACAACCUCAGUGGUGUGAUUCCCCCACAACUUGUAAUGAGUUCUUCCUCGUUAAUAUACUUAGACUUGUCUGAUAAUCAUCUUAGUGGCGCCCUUCCGGCUGAAGUAGGUGGGCUUUUAAAUUUGGAGGAAUUGGAUCUGUCUCAUAACAUGUUGUCAGGUAAAAUACCAACUUCUCUUGGUAGCUGCGCAAUAUUGGACUCAUUGUACUUGCAAGACAAUCUUCUCCAAGAAAUUAUUCCUUCUUCUCUUGGUUCAUUGAGAGGUAUUCAAGUACUGGACAUCUCCAGUAAUAGCUUAUCUGGUCAAAUUCCAAAGUCGUUUGAAGGGAUGAAGCUUUUGCAACUUCUGAAUUUUUCUUUCAACAAUCUCGAGGGGGAAGUGCCAUCCAAUGGAGUCUUUAGGAAUGGCAGCAUCAUUUCAGUCGCCGGAAAUGACAAGCUCUGUGGUGGCAUGGCUGAACUUAACCUUCCACCUUGUAGCUUCAAACAAAAAAAGAAGACAAUAUUGAGCCAUAAGCCGAUCAAGAUUGUCUUAUUAGCAGUCAUCGGUCUAUUGUUUUUGGCAUUCAUGUCUUCUUGCUUGCUUAUCUUUUGGUACAAGAAGAGAGGGAAACGAGAUACACUUCCCGUUGAUGAUUCACAACUGCUAUUGUCCUACCACGACCUCCAUAAAGCUACAGAUGGUUUCUCCGCGACAAAUCUUAUUGGUGUGGGUAGCUUUGGUUCCGUGUACAAAGGAUUCAUCGAAGCAAAUGGGAUUGGCAGCACUAUCGCUGUGAAGGUGUUCAACCUUCAGCGCAGCGGAGCUUCCAGGAGUUUUAUGGCAGAAUGUGCGGCUUUGAAGAACAUCAGGCACCGAAAUCUUUUGAGGAUACUCACAGUGUGUUCAGGCGUUGAUUAUCAAAUGAACGACUUCAAGGCUCUCAUCUACGAGUUCUUGGCCAAUGGUAGUCUGGAAGAAUGGUUGCAUCCAGUGGGAACCAGUACAGAUGAGCCUCCAAGAAUCUUGAGUUUCCUCCAGAGGUUCAACGCCGCUAUAGAUGUUGCUACUGCAAUGGAUUAUCUUCACCAUCAAUCUGGAACGCCUAUUGUUCAUUGCGACCUGAAACCGAACAAUGUGCUUCUUGACAUGGACAUGGUAGCCCAUGUUGGUGAUUUUGGGUUGGCAAGAUUCCUUCAAUCGGUUGUCGAUCCCUCUCCACCAGGCCGUGCAUCAAGCUCUAUUGGUGUAAAGGGAACAGUUGGCUAUGCUCCUCCUGAAUAUGGUAUGGGAAAUAAAGUCUCAAUACAAGGUGAUGUCUACAGCUAUGGAAUCCUCCUGUUUGAGAUUUUUACUGGAAAAAGACCGGCAGAUGAGAUUUUCAAGAAUGACCUGAGCCUACGUAAUUUUGUUGGAAAUGCUUUAUCAGAAAAGCUAAUAUCAAAAGUUGUGGAUCCUAUUCUUCUCAAUGAGUUGUCACUUGGCCAAGCAACUCAUUCCAAUGAAGCCAACUACAACAAAUGCCACAUACUAGAGGAGGCUGUGAUCUCCAUUCUUGAAAUAGGCGUUGCUUGUUCUCCAGACUACCCAGAGGAGAGGGUUAGCAUUUCUGAAAAACUCUCGGGAUCCAUCUCCCCACAUAUUGGCAAUCUCAGCUUCCUGAGAAACUUGGUUCUUCUCAACAACAGUCUGAGCGGAGGGAUUCCUUCUGAAAUCGGCCGCCUCCGCAGAUUGCAAGAGCUCAGACUCUCCGAAAACUCGCUCGAGGGUGAGAUCCCAUCUAACAUCUCAGGAUGCUCUGCCCUUACUAUAUUCACUGUGUCACGAAACAAAUUGGUGGGGCAGCUACCAUGGCAGCUUGGAUCCUUGAGCAAACUCCAAUAUUUUGCUGGAGUAUACAACAAUCUAACAGGAAGCAUCCCUCACUCUUUUGGCAAUAUGUCAUCUCUAAUGAGAUUCCACGCAGCAUACAACCAGUUGAGUGGGAAGAUCUUCAGGAUUUCUUCCUCGUUAAACUACUUUAACUUGUCCCAUAAUAAUCUAAGUGGCACCCUUCCGGCUGAAGUAGGAAGAUUGAUAAAUCUGGAGGUUUUGGAUUUGUCUCAUAACAUGUUGUCAGGUGGAAUACCAACUUCUCUUGGUAGUUGUGUAGUAUUGGGGGCACUGUACUUGCAAGACAAUCUUUUGCAAGGAAUCAUUCCUCCUUCUCUUGGUUCAUUGAGAGGUAUUCAAGUACUGGACAUCUCUGGCAACAACUUAUCUGUCGUCGGAAAUGGCAAGCUCUGUGGUGGCAUGGCUGAACUUAACCUUCCACCUUGCAACUUCAUACAGAAAAAGAAGACAUUCUGGAGGCAUAAGUCGAUAAAAAUUGUCAUAUUGGCAGUCACGGGUCUAUUGUGUUUGGCAGUCAUGGUGGGAACCAGUACAGAUGAGCCUCCAAGAACCUUGAGUUUCCUCCAGAGGUUCAACGCCGCUAUAGAUGUUGCCACUGCAAUGGAUUAUCUUCACCAUCAAUCUGGAACGCCUAUUGUUCAUUGCGACCUGAAGCCGAACAAUGUGCUUCUUGACAUGGACAUGGUAGCCCAUGUUGGUGAUUUUGGGUUGGCAAGAUUCCUUCAAUCGGUUGCUGAACCCUCUCCACUAGGCCAUGCAUCAAGCUCCAUUGGCGUAAAGGGAACGGUUGGCUAUGCUCCUCCUGAAUAUGGUAUGGGAAAUAAAGUCUCAAUACAAGGUGAUGUCUACAGCUACGGAGUCCUCUUGCUUGAGAUUUUCACUGGAAGGAGACCGACCGAUGAGAUUUUCAAGAACGGUCUGAGCCAACAUGGUUUUGUUGGAAAUGCUCUAUCAGAAAAGCUAAUAGCAAAAGUUGUGGAUCCUAUUCUUUUCAAUGAGUUGUCACUUGGCCCAGCAACCCAUUCCUACGUCAAUAGUAGCAGUAACAACUCAGAGGAAGCCAACUACAACAAAAGCCACAUACUAGAGGAGGCUCUCAUCUCCAUUCUCGAAAUAGGCGUUGCUUGUUCUCCGGACUCCCCGGAUGAGAGGAUUAGCAUGAGUGAGGUUGUAACUAGACUUGUCUCUUUGAAAAGGUUGCUUCGUGAUAAACUUGCUCGAAGACGAAUGGGCGGGAGGUGAUGAUUAGCUUGCUUUGAUCGACAAUGUUUAUAUAGGUGCUUCUUCAUAUGGAUGCUUCUUUCUGGAUUUAAAGAAUGUAUUUUGAGUCAUAUCAAGAUUGUAUGAAUUCAAAAUAAAGUUGAGUGUUUAACUCGUUUAACUGUUAGCGUACAACGACAACAUAUCGAGCUACGUGCAUCUAGUUUAAAAAUAGUGAGAUAUUUGCCCAUUCUUGCUCU